AUGGCGAAGACUUGCUGUUCUCUCCUCCUCUUAAGUUUGCUCAGCGGGCAACUCGAUGCCAACCCUGGUCUCAAAGUGAGGAUCACCCAGAAGGGCUUGGAAUACGCCAAGGAGGUUGGGCUGGAAAUCCUGAAGCAGAAUAUGGAGAAGGAGCGUUUCCCUGAUUUGAGUGGCUAUGAGAAAUACGGGCUCGGUAAUGUCAAAUACAACAUCUCAAGAAUACACGUCACUGCUGUUGAAUUCCCCAGCGCUUCCAUCUCCCUCAUACCUGGGACUGGGAUAAAACUGGUGAUUGGAAAUGCUUCUCUAACCAUCGAUAUGAGCUGGAACAUAAGGACCUGGAUGUUCAAAGACACCGGAAGAAGCACAGUGUACAUUUCAAAGGUGUUUGUUACUGCAAUCUUUUCAACACCCCCGGAUAAUAUAGGUCAUACAUCAAUAUCACUUACCAGCUGCCGGACAACUUCUGGUGAUAUAGACAUCAAGUUGAAUGGAAAAAGUGGUUUCCUGCAUAACUUCUUUAUCAAGUAUCUGAAGAAACCCAUUCACAGGACCUUGGUGACUAAUUCAUGUCCCAACAUCAGAUCUGGGAUCCACUUGCUAGAUGAAGACCUCCGAUCACUGAAUGUUCUAAUGCCGAUUGAUGAUUUGGCCGAAGUAGACUAUUCUUUAAAUAGCUUGCCAGCAGUAUUUCGACAGUUCAUUGACCUGGACUUAAAGGGGAUAGUUUAUCCAGCUGGAAACUAUACUGGCUCUCCUUAUGUGGCAGCUCCCUUCACUAUCCCAGACCAAAGCGAUUCCAUGCUCUACCUUGCCUUCUCUGAGUAUUUCUUUCAGACCUCCUCAUUUGCUUACUACACUGCAGGGGCCUUCAACAUCACCAUUGCAGAGGAGACUUGCAGCUAUUUUAAUAUAAGCACAGAGAUAUUUGGCAGUAUCAUCCCUGAGGUAGCCAAAUACUCAGUUACACCCUACCCAGUGAUGUUGAAGCUAACGGCUACUGAAAUACCUACCAUCAGCUUAGAGCAGGAUUCCUUCACGGUAGAGAUUCAGGGCUCCAUGGAGGUGUUUGCUGUUCUGCCAGACUCAACCACCCAGUCAUUGUUCACAAUGAACAUAGCAGCCAACACCAGCCUUGCUCUGAAUAUAUUUGACCAGAAAUUGGUGGGCUCACUAUGUUUGAACAGGCUCCAGUUCUCCCUAGCCCACUCCAAUGUUGGCUAUUUUGAGAUCUCACUUCUGGAGAAUAUCCUGUCUUACAUUUUACAGGCUGAAGUCAUUCCAUCAGCUAACGCUAAACUGUCAAAAGGAUUCCCUCUUCCCAAUCUGGCCAAUGUUACCUUGACGAGACCUCACAUUACGCUUGUACAGGGAUACAUGUUGAUUUCUACUGAUGUCCACUACAAACACUGAGGGAGAAGAGAGACCAUUUGUUAACCAUGAACUUCAAAUCAAUAAUGUGACUCUGAAGGCUAAACACUGUCCAGUU